AUGUCUCAAGACCUAAAACCGUUGAAGGUUUGAAAACUUUAUUUUCAAAAAGAAAAAUGAUUUUUUUAUAGAUUUUGAUAGCCACAAAUGGUCUUGCAGCUGUCAAAUUCAUUUCAUCAAUAAAACAAUGGAACACAGAGUACAAUAUCAAAUUUAUUUGCUUGACAACAAUCGACGAAGUGAAUUCUGGUGCUGAGUAUUUGAGACAUGCUGAUGAUAUUUAUUUUCUACCUGCUGGUGAAAAUAAAAAUAAUUUUGCGAAUAUCGAUGAAAUUCAAAAAGCUAAUGAGCAUUUUGAACCAAAUGCAAUUUUUGUUGGCUGGGGACAUGCAUCCGAAAAUCCAGAUUUAUCUGCAAAACUUGGUUGUCGGAUGAUUGGACCAUCUGAAAAAUCAAUGAGAGCAUCUGGAGAUAAAUUGCAGAGCACAAUAAUUGCACAGUCUUUGGGAAUUCCGACAACAAAGUGGUCUUUCAGUCAUUUGAAGCUUAAAGCUUUAUCUCUUGAUGAAGUUUUUGAAAUCGAUUGGGAAAAAGAUCCGGGGCGAGUAUUAUCAGAACAAAGUAUUGAUCGGCCAUUAAUGGUAAGGUGUUUUCUUUCUUUUCAUAAAAAUCUUUUUUUGUCAGAUCAAAGCUACAAAUGGUGGAGGAGGAAAAGGAAUUCGAAAAGUCACCGAUUCAAUGGAUUUGAAAAAAUGUAUAAAAGAAGUGAAUUUAGAAGUUCCUGGCCCUUAUAUUCUUAUGAAAUGUAUUGAAAAAGCUAGACAUAUUGAAUUUCAAAUUCUUGGAGAUAAAUAUGGAAAUGUUGUAUCUUUGGGUUCUAGAGAUUGCACAAUUCAAAGAAGAUGUCAAAAGGUUUUUGAAGAAGCUCCUGCAACUAUUGUUCCUAAUGAAAUUUUGAAAUCGAUGGAAAAUGAUGCGAUCAAAUUCGCAACAUUUUUGAAAUAUCAUUGUGCUGGAACAGUUGAAUAUUUAUUUGUUCCCUCAACGAAUCAAUAUUUCUUUUUGGAAUUAAAUCCACGACUUCAGGUCGAACAUCCAUGUUCUGAAAUGAUUUGCAAUGUGAAUAUUCCCGCUGCCAAACUUAUGAUAACUUUGGGUUUUCGAUUAUCCGAAAUUCCUGACAUUCAAAGAUUUGCGCGGAAUAACGGCAAAACUUCCGGACACGUGAUUGCUGCUCGAAUAACUUGUGAAGAUCCAGAUCGCAAAUUUUUGCCGUCAACUGGAAUUCUGAGACAUUUGUCAGCUCCAUCAAGCAAUACUUUUUGGUCAUAUUUUUCGAUAUCUUCCGGUUCUUCAGUUCAUCAAUUUUCUGAUUCUCAAUUUGGACAUAUUUUUGCGAAAGGAGAAACCAGGUUGGUUUGUAUUAUUUUUGUCGUUUUUGAUAAAAAUGAUCACGUAGAAGUUCACGUUGAAAAUUAUUUUUUUUCAAUUUUCAAAAAUAAUUUCAUUUUUUUUCGAAAAACAUCCCUGAUUUUUCAGAGAGAAAGCUGCUUGCAACCUAACAUCUGCUCUAAAACUGCUCAAAAUCUCGGCAACUUUCCCAACACAAGUCAACUAUCUUCAAGAUCUUCUAAAAUCUGAUGUAUUUUUGGAAAAUAAGCAUACAACUGAAUAUUUGGAUAAAAGAAUAUCGAAUAAUGUGAAAACCAAUGAUGAAUGCGUUGAACAAAUUGUGACAAUUGGAGCAGCUGCCAUUGGAAAUUUGAAAAUUAUGGAGAAUUUGGCUGGAAAUAAUAAUGAGAAGAAGAAAUAUUGGACUGCUGUUGAAUUGGUGCUGAAUGAUAUUAGAUUUAACACAUUUGUAGUUUCAAAUCAGAAUCAUGAAAUUGUUGUUUUUCUUGGCCCCAAGCAAGCUACAAAAGUUUCAUUAUUUAAAUUCGGAGAAUCUUCAUCAAUUGCACAUUAUAAUCAAAUAUCAGUUGAAUAUCAAAUCGAAGAAACUGAUUCUAAAUAUGAGGCAAGUAGUAUCUUGUUUUUUCUCGUUUAAUUGUAGAAAUAUCUUAGCUUCACAUCGCUGGUAGAUUAUAUAGCUUCGAUAAAACGGCAUAUGAUCCAUUGACCCUGAAAUCACAGUUUACUGGAAAAUUUCUACAUUAUUUGACGGAAAAUUAUCAAUUUGUUCGAGUUGGUCAACCAAUUGCACAAAUUGAAUCGAUGAAAAUGAUUGUUGAUGUUUUGAAUGAUACUUUGGAUGGGUUUUGUGAACAUGUUUUGCAUGAUGGCGAUUUGGUUCAUCCGGGAACUGUUAUAAGUCGGUUAAAGGUUUGUUCGGAUUUGAAAAAUUCAUCUAGGUCAAAAAUUCUUGGGUUCAUUCAAAAAUCGAAAAUAUUCCAGCCUAUCGAUGAUUUGCAUCAAGUUUCUCCCAUUCACAAUUUCGAAAAAGAAUUUGAAAACUGGAGUUCAGAUUUCAAUAUCGAUGAGAUUGUUUCUAUCAUUAAACUUACGAAGAAAUGUUUUUGGGAUUCAGAUUUCAUCAUAUCUCAAUUCAUAGAACACGGAUUAUCAAAUAUCGAAGAUUUGCUAGAUUAUUUCAUUCAAAAAGAAAAUUUGCCUUCUGAUGAAAUUUGCGAUUUAUUAGUGUCGAUUUUGAAGAGAAUUGAAUUGGAAAAUCGAAUUCGUUAUUGUUCGAAAAUUGGUGCAAAUUUAUAUUCGUCGAAAAUUUUGCUGGAUUUCGCGACUUCACAAGUUAUUGAUUUUUAUAAAGAGGAUUAUCGAUCCAAGUUUUUCGAAUUUUUAAAUGGAUCCAAAUAUUCUAGUUUGAAAGUAAACCUGAAAAUUAGUUCAAAUUCACAAGAUGAAAUCGAGAAAAUCAUUUGUUAUACAAUAUUUAUUAUGAGGAAUAAUGUUUUUGUGAAUAAUCGAUUGAUUUUGAUUUUGCGCGGGAACUUUUGUGAAUGGCAAAAUUAUUCGGGUAUUUUAUCGGAUCUCGAUUUUCGAUUGGUUGAAGUUCAUCUAAAUCGAAAAAUCAAAACCUAUGAACUCAAGGAAAAUGUUUAUGAAUUGGUGGAAAGUUUGGAUAAAUUUGAAUCUGAGAAGAAUCGAACUCCGACAGCUAGAGAUUUUCGCAGAAAAUUGGCUAGGUAAAUUUGUUUGCUGAAAUUUUGAAUUAAAAAUCAAACUAAUCUGAUUUUUCAGGAAGAACAACACCACUUAUAUUUAUGAUUUUCCAAUGUUAUUCGGUGAAUGCGCAAUGAAAUAUUGGAAAAAGUUAUCAAAAAUCUCUUAUGAUAUUCAGAAGGCGCUUUCGGAAAAUAAUUGGAGAUAUUUCAUAAAAUACGAAGAAUUGAUAAUCGAAAAUAAACAAUUGGCGAAAAUCGAAGAUUUGGAUGUUUUGAAAAAUAGAGAGAAUAAUGGGUUGAAUAAUUGUUCAGUUGUUGCUUGGAUUAUCGAAUUAUUAUUGCCUGAUAGAAAAGUGAAAUUUGUUGUGAUUGGAAAUGAUAUAACAUUUCAAGCUGGUUCAUUAGCAAUUCCAGAACAUUGUUUAUUUGAAGCGGCUAGUAAAUUUGCACGAGAAAACAAGAUUGCAAGAUUGAAUAUUUCAUGUAAUUCUGGAGCUAGAAUUGGUUUAGCAAUGGAUAUUCUUGAAAAAUUGAAAAUUGAUGAAAAUGAUGGAUUUAUUUAUAUUGACAAAUGUUAUGAAAAUGAAUUACGAGAUCAGAUAAAAUACGAAAUUGAUGGAGAAAAAUUGAAGAUUGUUGCGGUUAUUGGAAAAAGUGGCGAAUAUUUUGGAGUUGAGAAUUUGAUGGGAAGUGGAAGUAUUGGUGGAGAAACAUCGAAAGCUUAUCGAGAAAUUCCGACGUAUUGUUAUGUAACUGGAAGAUCUGUUGGAAUUGGAGCAUAUACGGCUAGAUUGGCCAGGCGAAUCAUUCAACAUGAGAAAUCGAGUUUGAUUUUGACUGGAUUUUCGGCGUUGAAUACGUUGCUUGGUAAAAAGGUAGGGGUUUUUUCGAACUUCUGAAUUUUCUGGAAUGAACUUUAUGCAUUGUGUUUUAAAUUUUCUAAUGAAAAUUUUGAAAAUUCUAUUGAUUUCAGGUUUAUUCAUCAAAUUCUCGACUGGGCGGAGUUGAAGUUAUGGAAAAUAAUGGAAUUGCUCACAAAAUUGUCAAAUCUGAUUCGGAAGGUGUUGAACAACUUGUCAAAUGGCUAUGCUAUUUACCCAAAUCUCCAGAGCCAAAUUUUCCAUUUUAUAAUUUCGAUGGAAUUGAAAAAUGUGAAGAUGUUAUGGUAACGGAGGCUUCGAUGAAAUUGGAUAUUAGGAACUUUUUUUGAAUCAAGUGAAAAUUGUCGUAAGUUUUGUUUUUUUCCAAAAAAUAAAUAGCGAAAUUUUCACAUACCUGAAAAGUGAAUUUUAGAAGGAUUAUUCGAUGUCAAUUCAUUUGAAGAGAUUCGAAAAAAUUGGGCAAAAUCGAUUGUAACUGGACGAGCUAAAUUAUGUGGUCAACCGGUUGGUGUAAUUGGUUCUCAAUGGUGUAAUACAACUGAAUGUUCUUUGGGUGAUGAAGCUGAAAAUGAUAAUAAUAAGGAUCGAAUUGUGACAAAAGCUGGACAAGUUUGGUAUCCAAAUUCGGCAUUCAAAACAUCUCAAGCGAUUAGUGAUUUUAAUCGGGAAAAACUUCCACUUAUUAUGGUUUUGAGUUUGAGAGGAUUUUCGGGUGGUAGAAAAGGUUAGAUUUUUAGAAACAUAAUUUUUAUUGUUUGAGAUUUGAAAAAAGCUUUUUUUCGGAAAUUAUUUGGAAAAAAAAAUUAGAAAAAAUCUUUACAGACAUGUGUGAAAUGAUUUUAACAUUUGGCUCGCAUAUUAUCGAUGAGUUAUCACAAUAUCGUCAACCUGUCAUUUUAUAUAUUCCUUGUGGCGGAGAACUUCGUGGUGGUGCUUGGGCUGUUGUUGAUUCAAAUGUUAAUCCGAAUUUCAUUCAUAUCGUUGCUGAUAAAUCAUCACGUGGUGGAAUCCUUGAACCAGAUGCAAUUGUUUCGAUAAAACUUCGUAAUCGAGAACUAUUAAAAAUCCUGGAUAGAAGUGGAAUGGAGGAAAAUGAUCGAAAUUUGAAAAUAGCGAAAAAGGCGGCGAUUGAUUUUGCGAAUAAACAUGAUAGUUGGCAUAGAAUGUUGAAAAUUGGAGCAGUUGAACAUGUUGUUGAUAUGAAAAAUUCGAGAAAAACUAUUUGUAAAAUAUUGAGAAAUGAGAUGGUUCGAUUGGAAUUGGCUGAACAAUUGGUGGCUGCUCCGAAUUAUCCGGAAAUCGAUAUUCAUAAAGCAAUGGAAUGGGUGAACUUGAAAUUGGCGAUUUUGAAGGAUUCGAAUUUGGAUGAGCAGUUCAAAAUGUUGGAAUUGUAUUGGAUUGAGCAAUUUGAGAAGGAUUUGGUGGAAGAAAUUCGGGAUUCGAAAAAACGGUCAGUUUUUUUUAAACAUGGGGACCUGAAAAAAUGUAUGAGCAGCAAUGGUAGAUAGAAAAAACACGUGGAAUUUUCACAUCGCCGUUCUGAAGCAAAUCAAUUUCAGAUUUGCGGAAAGACUGGAAUCAGUCAAAUCAAUUUCGAUCAUUUAA